AUGAAAGCUACCAAUAAAAAAGAAGAUAAAGAAUUAGAAAAAAAGAUUGAGUCAUUAAACAUUCUUUUUAAGAAAGAAAAAAAGACAAAAGCAGUUAAAAUUAAAAAUGUGGAGGCCCUUAAAAGUUUUGUGGCUGAUAAGAAUUAUGAUAACAUCAAAAGUAGAGAAAUAUGUCGUCAGACAAUAUUGGCGAAUUUAAUGACAUUUUUUUCAGAUAUAUCAAGGACUCAAUGUCCGAUUGGUUAUGAUCAACCAAGAGAUUACG